UUUCAGCUUUGCUUUUCCUUUGAUUCUAAGUCUCUUCUACCUUAAAAGAAAAAAAAAAAAGUUUUAGAUCUGAAAGAAUUUGAAUAUGGGGAAUGCUCUAAGGUUCUUGUACAGCUAUUGCUGCAAUCCUACCUCAGCUGGAGACUCCGGAUCACUAGGCCCCCACGGUGUCUCAACAGCCAAUGUUGGGGUUUCAGCUCUUGCCCAUGAUCUCUUUCAGUUUGAAAUCACCUCCCAGGUUCCUGAAGGGCUAAGUAAGCAUGUAGUUUCAUCCAAGAAGGCUCAGGCUAACUGGUAUAGAAAGCUACUAGAGGCUUGGGGAGAAGCAAAACCACCACCAAAAACACCUGAUGAGGCUUCAAGGUUUGUCAUUCAGACCUUAAAGAGACAUCAAAAGGCAGAUGUUGAGGGACUAUUGGUAUUCUAUGGUCUUCCUCUUCCUCAUACGCUUGUCCAGCAGCCUUCUGCUACCGCCCCUACGUCAUUGCCUGAAGGAGUUAACUAUGAAUUGCAAACUUUACCGGUGGAUGUGAAAGCAGUAGCAGAUGGAGAUACCAUAACAGUGUAUGUAAGUACUACAGAUCCCAGGGAGUCAUCAAACGUACCUAGAGAGGUCCAACUAGCAGCUGUACAAAGAUCAAAGGCACGUGCCGAGCAGAAUUAUACAAAAGCAGAUGCACUUCACAAGAAAAUUACUGAUGCAGGAUACAGGGUCUUAAAUCUUCAGAAUCAGGAGAUCCUUGCUCGAAAGUAUCGCAUCCGGUUAAGGGGUAUAGAUGCACCGGAGAGUUCAAUGCAAUAUGGCAAAGAAGCUAAAGAAGAGUUGGCUAAGCUUGUUGGAGGGAAAUGUUUAAGAGUUCUUGUCUACGGGGAAGAUCGUUAUGGCCGCUGUGUUGGUGAUAUAUAUUGCAAUGGAAAAUUUGUACAGGAAAUAAUGCUAAAAAAGGGGCUUGCAUGGCAUUACUCAGCUUAUGAUCAACGCAUAGAACUUGCAACUUGGGAGAAAGAGGCUCGAGCAAAACGAGUUGGUUUGUGGGCUUCAUCAAAUCCUGAGAAGCCAUGGGAAUGGAGAAAGGACAAACGAGAAGGCAGGUGACAUUGUCCUGAAAGAAGUGACCAUCUAAAGAAUUGCAAUUUCCUUAUAGUUGGAAUACACCAUUCGGCACCAGCAUAAACAAAAAUGGCUGCCCUAACUUACAUCCAAGAGCAGGGUUUGAUGGCAGAAUAGAGGAACAGGAAAGGAAACUCUGCAAACUAGUUAAACCAUGAUUGAUAUAUUAUUCUGAUUUUAGAAAGUGUUGUAAUUUUUAUCAUUUGUUCAGACAAUAUAAGAAAGUGUUGUAACAUUUGUUUUCUAUCAAUCUGAUCUUUACAAAUCUAUUGGACUUUUCAGCAUCAAUUAGUAAAGUUCACCUUAUAGAAUUGAUCAGUUCAAAGGCAUCCAAAAGGCAAACCUAAGGAUUUGCCAGGAUGCUUGAAGAAAUUACCAAAAUCAUCUCAAAGAGAGAUCAAUAUAUUCUACAUUCGACUUACACAGCAAAAAUUUGGUCCUCUCCUUGGAGAAAAUUAGUUGAAGAACAAAAAAAAUCAGAAGAACUAUAAAUACCGUGUGGUGACAACUGACAAGGAUUCUAAUAAAAUACCCGAAGGCUCCAUUUGGAUGCAUAUGGAUGACCAGUAAGAAGUGAUGAGGUGCAAUUGCAUCAUUCGCAAAAGUUCUGUGUUUUGUUGACCGGUGAAAGUGAAUUAAUGGCACCACGCGUACUAUUUAAGGUUCAA